CCCGUCAUUAUUAUCCCGCCACUUCGUAUGAACUUUAGCAAUGUCAUUAAAAUAAUAAGUUUUUGUUUUAAUUACAGCUUAAAUUGUAAGCAAUGGCCAAUUGUACAAGAGAAAGGAAGUUGUCUUUUUCGUUUAAUUUAGAUUUAGAUACUGUUGAUAAUGAGGCUUCAUCAGAUUCAGAUGCUACUGGACUACAAAUUGAUGUUUCAGAAGUAGAUAGUUUUAACGAUACUAAUAAAUUAAGAAGACAAACUGUAGAUGAUACAUCUUUUUUAAAUAAAAUGGAAGAGGAAAUAGAAAGGCAAUUAGAUGCAAAAGCAUCUAAAACUAAUUUAACUGCAACAAAUGUUAAGAACAUUUUGAAACAUGUUAUUUCUAAUGAACAUGUUAUGGCUAUGGUUCAAAAAAGACUUACAAAAGGAGAUGAUAAUAUUAUUUUUGAACCUAAACUAACAAGAGCUAAGGCCAAAGAAUUAGCAAUGACCCAACCUGAUAUUCGGUGGCCUAUAACACCUGUAAAAAGUACAACUUCUGAUGUUCAAAUUCUUAUUCAUGAAGAAUUUUCAGAAGACUCAUCUGAUGAAGAAUAUCAUCCAGAUCAAGAUCAACAAAGUGAUGAUGAUAAAGAUGUUGAUAAUUCUUUAGGAAGUGAUGUAGAUUCUCAGUCAACCACCCCAGCAAUUCCAUGCAAUACGUCACCUCCUUUGGAAAUAUUACACUUAUCAGAUAUUCAGUAUGAUAAAGAAGGAAUCUUUAAAGUACCAUCAUUUAUCCCCCAUGUUCCAACAGAAGAAGAAAGUAUAGGACACAGAACACGUUCAAAACUCUGUCUUAGUGAAACACCUUUGGAACAAAUUGAACAAGCAUUUAUUCCUCCAGAUAUUACAACUGACAUGUACGAUUGGGACUGGGAACCAGAAGAUGAAUACAUUAAUUUCUUGAAAGAACUGUACACUCAACCUCUUCAAACAGAAGUAAAUGUUGAAGAUGAUCCUGAAGCGGAUCCUGAAUAUAAUAUAUUAGAAGAUGAAGAAACAGAUUUACUGGAUAAAGAAGAAUUAAGAGAAGAUAAGGCAGUUAAAAUAUCAAAAAAAGAAUUAAAAACCUUAAUAGCUGAACUCGAUGAAUUUGCAGAUCAAUAUACAAAGCAACAGCAACAACAACAGCAACAAUUACAACAGCAACAAAAAAUAUCGAAAAAAAAGAAAACAUCUGAUAUUUUAUUUACAUCUAUAGAAAAUAUUUCUUCUGGAAAUCCAAUGGUUGAUUUAUUACCAGUAUUAGCUGAGCCAGAACUUCCAGAACUUAUUAAUUCUGAUCAACGUUAUUUACUUUCAAUUCAAAUGUCUCAGCAUGUUCAAUUAAUGAUUCAGCAGUAUCUUAUGACUUACAAGCAUCCUAAAUGGAGUCAACAAUCUAAAAUUUGUAAAAAUAAUUUAUACAGUUUAAGCACUUUAGGAGAUAAAUCGGAUUCGGAAUUUAUAGCUGAGAAUUUAUCUGAUGCUUUUCAUCUACUUCUUGAUUGGGAAUUAAAAUUGUCAGAUUCAAAGUUUUUACAAGAGUAUAUUAGCUACUUACAAAAAGAAGCAGAAACCGAAGAAAUUAUUUUUCGUACUAAGAAGAAGUAUAUAACUAAAUUUCAUCCGGAAUUAAUUAAACUAAUGGCACAUAGUCGAGCAUUAAUGCAUCCUCAAUUAUUGCCAAGCACAUUUGUUAGUGCUCUAUCACAAACCAGUAAACAACCAUAUUUAUCAUCAGAGGAUAAUCUGAUUGCUUUAGGAUUAGAACAGUUUAUUCCACAUGUUAAAAUGUCAUCAAAAAAAUUUAAUAGACAGUGUGAUAUAUUUGCUGAUGCUGUGAAAGAAAUACAACGAUUUUUAAUUCCAACUAAAAGCGUAACUGGACUAAUACAUCAUAUAAAUAAAAGCAAAUCUAGUAAGAAACAAAAUUCUAUCAAGUAUUAUUUUACUACUGGGUCUGCUCCAAAAAUAGGACAUCAUGUUUUGAGUGAAUAUAAACUAUUAUCUCCAAUUGAACAACCAACAGAAUUUUUACCAAUAAUUUGGCAAGAUUUAAUAGAUACUUUAAAAUAUGGCAAAAUUGAAGAUUUUCUACUAUUUUCAAAACCACAAAAGGAGAAAGUAAUCAACUACGAUGAUGAAUUUCUUCCUGUUUCUUAUGAUGAAAUUAUCAUACAUAGAGAUCAUCAAUUAAGAAAUCCAAUUGUUAAUAUGUUUAAACACAUGCCUUCUUUAAUUACUCCUCAGAAAGUAGAGUCUAGUAAUUCUUUAUCAAAAACUACCAGUAAAAAUACUAUAGCAACUCUAUCUAGAACAAAUGAAACAGAAUCUGAUGCUGAAUCUGCUGAAAGUUUAAGGACGUGUGAAACAGAUGAAGAUGAAUCAAGACCCAUUCGUCUAAGAAGGACAACUCCUCGGUUAGCUAAAAUUAAAAGUGUACAAAACAUGAAAUUACUGGCUCAAAAUCUAUCCCCUAAAACUUCCACGUUAAGCAAUAAUAUUAUUGAAAAUAAAGAUUAUGCUUUUGACAAAAAUGACGAUGAUGCAUCAUCUUUUACAAAAGGGGAUAAUGAAGAUGAAAUAGCUGAGCUUAUGUUGGCCAGCACAACUAUUAAAAAAAAUACAGCUAGUCGUAAAAAAACUAAGCAAGCUAGAGAAUUGGAAAAUUUAAAAAGAUUAUUAGAAGUAGAAAAUAAUAUAAAUGAAGAAGAAAGAGCUACAAAAUUUGCUGCUUCAUUUAUUCAAAAGAUACAUGUUAAACUAGAAUCGAAAGAUCCAGAAUUAUUCAAAACGGUAUUAAAAAUUUUCUUGGAUUAUAGUGAAAAGUUGGAAAAUCCAACUCAAUCUAAUGAUUGUUUUUUAAAUGAUACAUCUCAUCCAGAUACAAACAUUAUAAUAAAAAUUGAAAAGAAUUUUGAUAGAGAUAAACUCUCAUUGGAUCUUUAUGAAAAAGUUUGUAAAAAAUUGUAUGAGUAUCCGGAUCUCUGUUCAGAUUUUUUAUUAUUCUUAACACCUCAUCAAGCUGCUCUUAUUAAUAAAUCUGUAGACCAUACAAUGAUGUUAAAGAUGAAAGAAUUUGUUAAUGUAACGCAAAUGUAUUUUGCAAAACAACCUUCUCGUAUAGCAAAAGUGAUGCAGGCAAUGACACAAAUGGCUUCAGAUCCGUAUGUGUCUGUUGAAAUUGCACAAAAUAUAAUGGGUGUAGCUCUUAAGGGUCAUCCUUUGAUCAUGGAUAUGUUUUUACAAGUUCUACCUACUGGUAAACCUCCUGAUAGUUUAUUAUUUAGCUUAUUUGCUGCUCACAUGUUUGAAAAUUUAUCUUGUCCAGUUGGGCCACAUGAUAAAAAUAAAGCAUAUGAUAUAGAUGCUCCUGAAUUAUAUGAAAAAAUUGAAUUACCAGUAUUCACACCACAAGAAGAUCCUUAUGGAGGUGAUAGCUGUAAAUGUAACUGUCAUAGUAUAAUGGAUGAUUCAAAAUUAAAAGGAAUGAAUGACCAUUGUGCAUCAUGCGGAACAAGGUUUUUAAAUGGAAGAAUUUAUUUACAAACUUCUGAAGGUCUGAGACCUGCUAAAAUAACGUUUCCGGGUGCUGACGAUGAGAAAUUCGAGAAUAUUUCACGGGUAUCCCUGAAAACUACUGAAAGAUUUGUUCCGUGUCCACCAACUAGAAAACGUCGAAAAUCAUCUAAACGUGAUUCCAUAUCAGAAGAAUCGAAUUUAAAACCAUGUUCAUCUAAAAGCUCACCUACAAAAGAUAACGAGGAUAGUGAUAGAUCAGUGUCUAAAUCCAAAAAAAGUAUAAAAUCACCAUCAAAAUCAACGGAUCAUAAAAUAAAAUUACCUAAAAUACAAUCAACGUCAGUCAAAUCUAAACGAGAAAAGAGAACUGAAAAAAAACAUAUUCGAUUUGAACAACGAACUGACGAUGAACAAAAUGAAUUUAAUGUAGACACAGAUAAAAUAGAAUUUUACGAAAGUACUGGCUGCAAUACAAAUGAAGACUAUGUAGAAUUAGAUACAUUUGGUAAUAAAUUUGGAGAAAUAAGCACUGAUAGUCACGAAGAUGAUACAAUGACUAGUCCAGAAAAAAUUAAUAUUUCAUCUACAAGUAUAGAUAAAUUAGAUGUUUCCACUGAUUCUGAUAGUAGCACAAAUUUAGAAACAGAAAAAUCUUUAGAUGCACCAUGGACAAUGCAAGAUGAUAAAGUACUGUUACAAAAUGUUCAAAAAGAUUAUUCUGAAAAAACUUUUCUUGCCAUUAGUUUACUCUUGAAAAAUCGAACUGUUGGACAGGUGAAAGAACGAUGUGAAUAUUUGCUUUCAUUAAUAGAAAAAAUGGCAUAAUAUUUUUUUGUAUAUAUUGAUUUUGUACAGCUUUU